ACCCGGAAGACAUUCCUUUAUUAUUCUCUUGACACGUAGCAACGAAGUUGGAUUGGUGAAGUCAAGAGUGGAAUUGUUCAACGUUGCAGACGGUCAGAAAUGUCUGGGUCAGGGUUUGACAACUUCAACACUGAUUUCUACCAGUCCAGUUACAGUGUGGAUGACCAAGGACAGCCUGCUGGAUAUGGCUACAGUAAUACAGAAGACCCCUACAAACAGGGUCAAUAUGGUCAGUAUGACUACUCCCAGUCAGUAGGAUAUGCAGCUCCAGGGAUGAUGCAACCCCAGACGCCCUACACAGGCCAGAUCUACCAACCCACACCGGCCUUCACACCUUCCCCGGCUCAGUCCAUGUACAGCAGCAGCUUUGACGACGAGCCCCCACUGCUGGAGGAAUUGGGCAUCAACUUUGACCAUAUCUGGCAGAAGACCCUGACAGUGCUUCAUCCUAUGAAGGCAGCAGACGGUAACAUUAUGAACGAGACUGACCUCGCUGGGCCCAUGGUCUUUUGCCUGGCCUUCGGAGCCACCUUACUUCUGACAGGAAAGAUCCAGUUUGGCUAUGUCUAUGGGAUCAGUGCCAUCGGCUGCCUGGGAAUGUAUUGUCUCCUCAACCUAAUGAGCAUGACCGGUGUGUCUUUUGGAUGUGUCGCCAGCGUGCUGGGCUACUGCCUGCUUCCCAUGAUCCUCCUCGCCAGCUUUGGAGUCCUCUUCUCUUUACAAGGCAUGCUGGGAAUAAUAAUUGCAGCCACGAUAAUUGGCUGGUGUAGUUUUUCCGCUUCCAAGAUCUUCAUCUCAGCCCUGGCCAUGGACGGACAGCAGCUCCUGGUGGCGUAUCCCUGUGCCCUCCUCUACGGGGUGUUCGCCCUCAUCUCCGUCUUCUGAACUGUCGUCCGCACGCCAUGUCGUCCGCACCGUGCAGCAACGCCGCCUUGCAGAGCCGCCUAAUUCUGGACCAGUGUGAGGCGACGCUGGGCUGCCCCCCCCCCCCCCCCCCAAAUCGCAGCGCAGCGGUGUGGACACUGCCAGGCUUUCAUCUGCCGGCCGCAUUCCAUUUUUAAACCUGUCAACGGCUCACUCGGCACAAGGGUGUCAAUUCCAAAACGUGAUCCGUUUAGGACUGAGGAGGGCCAAUCUACCAAACCACCGCAUAAUCUCAUAUUUAAAGGAAAACCUGUUCUAAUAAUACGUGUUUGUUUUUGUUUGGAGAGAAAAAAAAAAGUGUGCGUUUUGAGGCCUUCUUAAAAAAACAAAAAAAAAAUGAAGUUAUAGUAACUUGCACAGGUAUUUUCAAUUUUAUUCUACUGAAACAGGACGCUUGAACUAGUGUAGUUAAUCUCUGUGACAUGGUCUUAUUCCAACUGUUAUAUCAAAGGCCCUCUCUCAAGCACACGCACACGCGCGUGCACGUCUGGUUCCUCUGGGGUCUCUGCCGCCAUGUUUUAUGGACCAAUCAUUUUCACUCCAUUGGACCUCUUCCCCUUAUCCAUACCUUUGAACUGUUAGAAUUGCUGGAACAAAAGGCUCUGCCUGAAUAUGUGUCACUCCCCACUGCAUUUUCCAGCCCUCUUAAGGUCUGGCUUCAGCCCACGACCCGACAAAGAGCCUCCUUAGAUAGCUGCAUGUGGUCGCUAGUGUGUUGGUUGUGUAGCCUGUGUGAUUGUGAACUUUGGUCAGUCCAAGUGCCUGUGCAAUGACACAGCUGUUCACACUGCGCAUACAUGCAUACACUCACAGAAUCUGUUUCCUAGAAAACCAUUAAAAAAAACAAAACAAAGACCAAUUAGAUUUGUGUGGGUUUUUCAUUUUUCCUCCUUGACCAGUGGGGAAGCCUCUUGGCCUAGUCUUGGUUUCUUGUCGGCCACGUUUUGUCUCUAUUGCGAAAUGACAGUUUGUCCUUCAGAAUCACGUGAACCGCCCCACAGGGCUCUGGCCUGGGGCUUUCUGGAGAUUUCUGUGUUCACAUUUGCACUGACACGAAAGGGUCUCCCGAGGCUGUCGGCUGGGUUUCGUCUGGUGUGGUUUUGAUGGGUAAAUUACAGAUCUUAAAUGUUCAGUGUCUCCCACCUUAAACAAUCCUUUCCGUUCAGAAUGUAUCCACUGCAGGCGAGGAUUUGAGAAGCAUGUUUUUUGGCUGCCAGCUGAAAUGGCAGCGGGACACAGUCCUAGUUAGUCUUGGCGUUUUGCUUUGUUUGUAGGUGUUGCACAAUGUGGCAGUGUAUGUUGCAGACGAGGGCCUCAUUGGAGUGGCACAGUUAAUGAGCACAGGGUUUUCUGGUUGUCAGUAUCGUGCCUGGUUUUGAUGUAGGUUUGUUUUGUACUAAACAUGAGCAAUGCAUUUCUGUGUUCUUCAAAUCAAUACCAUUUGAUCUAGAGUAGUAAGUAAUGCAAAGACCAAAAUGAAGUGCUUUUCUGUUGGAAGGACAUUUCUAUUUAAAGCUACCAAGAGCUGUAAUUGCUGCUCUCAUGACUGCAUAUUUCUAUAGUGUAUAUUAUUUGUACUUCAGUUGUUUUUCUGUCAUAUGGAAAUUUUUUGAUAAAAGGACAAGAUGCUUUGCUUUUUGGUUUUUAUCAGCAACUUUCAAUAAACUAUUGGGCAUAGCCAACAAUACAGGGUGUGUUUCAUAAUUUUUACAUACUUUUUGUGGGGUCUAUAGCACAAUUUAACCUUUGUGCUUUUAAGGACGGCCUGAAAGGACUCACCCAUUACUGUGUAACGUCAGUGUUUCAAUACAAGCUGUUUUAUCGGUCUGUUGAGUUAUAAAUGUUUUCAGUCUUAACAGGAAAAUUUCCACUUCACACUGACACAUUCAUUGCAUGUUUUUGUUUCCAAGUGGCUGUUAGUGUCACACACAGAACUCACAGUCAGGGUUUCUUUUUUAUUCUGAGGUUAUCAGUGCCGUGUGACAUCAAACACGGCACUGAUUUUCAGAAUUUGGUUAUAUUUAAUCCAGUGUCUGUUUGUUGGGGUUGUAAAGGGUUUGCUUUCAGUGGUCAUUGUCCUGCACGGAAUGUUCUGGCUUUUUAGGCCUGUGUUUGUGGGUUUGUUGAGGACAGGUCAGAGGUCAUUUGAUACUGCAUCGCAUCCGUAGCAUGUUCAAAUGAUUCAUGCGUUGGAUUUAGGGUUCAGCAACCAGUUGUCUGGGUUCCCUUUCCUCCUCUGAAAAAAAGGUUUUCUAAGUAGACAAUGGUGUAUUGAACGUUCAAUUAGGAACCAUCCUCAUAAGGCAAAACAUUUGAUGAACCCUGUGGUUCUGUAAAGAGCAAAAUGGUUUGGAAAAUGGGCAUUGACCAAGGGCUAUCUGAAUCAUUACAGUAUGGCAUAAAACUACUUCCCAGAGAACCCCCUGAGGAACAGUCAUUGUUUGGUGUGUAGGUGGCAGCCAACUCCAGAGGGCAAGUCUGCCCACGUUAACAGCUACAUGUCUGUUUAACAGUACAGUCAGUUGUAUGUCCCAAUACUUAGGACUAGGACUUCUUAUAACGAAUUUUACACUAUAUGUCUAUACUAUCUCCUAUAACAGGGGCUAGGAUAUGUUUUUUUAAUCUCUAUGGGUACUGACCUGCAAAAGAUUCAGAACAGCCAACAGCAAAGUGAUCCCCACAGCCAAGAAAUCUCUUGGCAGAUUAUGCAUUUGCCUCUGGGUGGCAGUGUUGAGUCAUACAGUGUCUGGCCAACUAGUUGAAGAGGAAUAUGGACCAUGUUAUUUAGCGUUGUGAAAUUCGUCCAUAUUCUGCGCAGUAAUUGACAUUUUAUUUGAAUGUGCACAGAGCAAAUUAACCUUAUCCCCUAAUUCACACCCCUUUCAUCAGGUUGCUCUUAGUCGGCAACUAAUGAAUGGGAAACAAAUGUCUUGAAGCUCUUCCCUGACUUUUAAUCUGUGAGAACUUUUUCAUAAAGAAAUUAUAUCCAAUUUGUUUUCUAAAUCAAGAUCCAUUAAUCUAGUUCUUAAGAUGCCUGAUGAAUGUGUUGCUUGCUGCUCGUCAUGCUGGAAUUUGUUAGUGACCGUGACCACUCUGUAGAAUGUAACUGAGAGGAAAAAUAGGCCACAAUUUUAGGCAAAGUCUGGACUGCUCCACCUCCGCUAUUAUUUAAUGUCAGUUUCAAGUUAAACUGUCACUACUUGUCAUAUGCAAAUCAAUGCACGUUUAGUGAAAUAAAAAUGUAUUCAACCGUG